AAUCUCAUAAGUGCAUUGAAUGAUAUCAACAACAGUAACAUUAGUGUCUUUUAUUUCUAUUUGUCUGAGGCAGGUAUACUUGGCACAGGAUGGGGACAAUGAUGGCUCCAUCAGAUGGAAAGGAUCCCGUAGGCCAACCAUCACUUUCAAAGGCACCUUACUCUAUAUCAGUCCUGAUGAUUUGUGCUUUGGCCACAGAGAGGGUGAGAAGAGAUGUCUGAUCAUGCUUAGUACUGUCACCAAAAACCAAGUGGCCUUCAAGGUGCGUACCACAGCCCCAGAGAAGUACAGGGUGAAGCCAAGCAGUAGCAGUUGUGGGGCGGGCGAGAGUAUGGAAAUCACUGUGUCCCUGCAUGGAGGGUUCCUGUGUUCUCCUCAGGAUCGCUUCUUAAUCAUGGCUGCUGAGAUGGAGCCACGUAGCGGUGGGGGGAGCGCAGACCUCGCCCAGUUCUGGAAGGGUGUCCCAAAGGCUAAAAUAAUGGAGCACAGGCUGCGGUGUCGCAUGCUGGAGGGCAUCAAGUCGGCACUCAGCCCUUUGACUGACAGGUCUCACAAAAUGGAGAUCAAUGGCUACCAAGACAAGCACACCAUGGUCUUUCAGUAGAUGGCCAGCAGCUCCAGGCUGGAACAGAAGAUGGACUGCUGCCUGUGGUGGCAGAAGCUCUUGACUGUACUGGUGACUGCACUGACGGCCUUGGGCUUCUCCGCCCUCUACAUACAGUACACUGGGGAGUGGCCAUUUUGAAACUUUCCUACAGUGGAGGAAGAAGACCAAAGACCAGUUACAGUUGAGUCAGGAUGAAAGUGGAUUUCUGAUUGGAGCAGAAAUAUGAGGAACUACUCGCAAUCCACUCUAUGGCCUUUGGACACUGAAUUUAAUUAUAUUUCCACACUAUCAGGUUGGAAUAAUACUGUGAAAUUAUGAAAGUAAUAAUAAUGCCCUUUUAGUGUAAGAGCUGUUUGAGUGGGUGAUGGCUAGAAGGGAUCUAGCUUUUGUCUUGACUUUUCGUAGCAGGUUAGGAGAAUUAGGUUAUGGUUGGAAACUUUUUACAUUAAUUUGACAAAAGCUGGAGUCCUUCUCGCCAUGACCGUUUUGAUGGUAUGGAGUUUUAGCCUGCCUGGUGACCAUGUUUUCAGUUAAAAUCACAGUAAGGUACUUAAUUGUUACCCAGAAAACGAUUUGAUAUUGAGAUAAAAACAGCUGCAUUGGACCUUUUCAACCAUUCUUCUGAAUUAUGUCUAACUAGAACUAUUUACUAUGGGUUUAUAUGAAUGCAAGACCAUGGAUAUAAUUUUAUAGCCAACAUGUCAUCUUGGUGUUUUCACAGUGUAAUUUACGUUGUUACAUUACAUUGUAACAGUGCUGUAGCAUUUCCCCUCGAUUCAGCUGAAGAAGCAGAACCAGCCAAAUACCUACAUGCACUCUAUGAAAUAAACACAUUUAUUGAUUUGAUUAAAAGAUAAUAACACUC